AUUAAGAGUAAUGGAUAAACUUUCGGAUUUAUAUUAAACUUUUGGAUUAAAUGUAUCCGUGUUUUGAACUGACUGAUUAGUGAUUACCUCGUAUAGCUCAAAAAAAAAAAAAAAAAAAAAAAAAAAAAACCCGCAAGAUAUGCCAGAAAAAUUGGUUGAAACUGAUAUACCAUUUCUAUCUUUUUAAAUUCUCUCUCUUUCUUCUCAAAAUCUCCUAUUUAUAAUUUGUUUUCAUAAUUGAUUAUACAUUUAUAUUGCGUUGAUUGAAGUGUGUGAAGCUGAUCAGAAUGGGGUUGCGAAUGAAUUUAUUGCUCCUAUGUUGUUUAAAUCUGGCUUUAUCUGCAGUGAUGGCUGUCGGUCCACCAACUUGUCCUGCUGAGGGUAGUGGGUGUGAUACUGAUGAGUGGGUAGGGGAGUUCUUCCCUGAAAUUCCCAAAAUUAAGUAUGAGGGACCUAACAGCAAGAACCAUCUGGCAUUCAAAUAUUACAAUGCUGAAGAGGUGAUCCUAGGAAGGAAAAUGAAGGACUGGUUUAGAUUCAGUGUUGCAUUUUGGCAUACAUUCCGUGGAACAGGAGGUGAUCCAUUUGGCGCUCCCACAAAACAUUGGCCAUGGGAAGAUGGCACCAAUUCUUUAGCCAUGGCAAAGAGAAGAAUGAGAGCUAACUUCGAGUUCAUUAAUAAGCUUGGAGUUGAGUUUUGGUGCUUCCACGAUAGAGAUAUAGCUCCAGAUGGUAAAACUUUGGAGGAAACUAACAAAAAUAUGGAUGAAGUGGUAGCUUUAGCUAAGGAAUUGCAGGGUUCCAAGAUUCAUCCCUUGUGGGGUACAGCUCAAUUGUUUCAUCAUCCUCGUUACAUGCAUGGAGGGGCUACAAGUCCUGAAGUCGGGGUAUACGCAUAUGCUGCUGCUCAAGUAAAGAAGGCGAUGGAGGUGACUCAUUACUUAGGUGGUGAAAACUAUGUUUUCUGGGGUGGUCGUGAGGGUUAUCAGACACUUUUAAAUACGGAUAUGGGAAGAGAACUUGAUCAUAUGGCGAGGUUUCUUGAAGCUGCUGCCAACUAUAAGAAGAAGAUAGGGUUUAAUGGAACUUUGCUUAUUGAACCAAAGCCUCAGGAGCCUACCAAGCAUCAGUAUGACUGGGAUGCAGCAACCGCAGCUAAUUUCUUGCGUAAAUACGGCCUUAUAGAUGAGUUCAAACUUAACAUUGAAUGCAAUCAUGCCACACUAUCUGGUCACAGCUGUCAUCAUGACCUUGAGACCGCUAGAAUAAAUGGCUUGCUUGGAAAUAUUGAUGCAAACUCUGGAGAUCCUCAAACUGGCUGGGAUACCGAUGAGUUUAUGACAGAUAUUGCAGAAGCUACCAAGGUUAUGCUCACUGUCGUAAAAAAUGGUGGGUUGGCUCCUGGAGGAUUCAACUUCGAUGCUAAACUCCGAAGAGAGAGCACAGAUGUGGAGGACUUGUUCAUUGCACAUAUUAGUGGAAUGGAUACGAUGGCUCGUGGACUGCGAAGUGCUGCCAAGUUAAUUGAGGAUGGAACACUUGACAACUUUGUGAAGAAGAGAUAUCAGAGCUUCGACUCAGAGAUUGGGGCUUUAAUAGAGGCGGGCAAGGCUGAUUUUGAGUAUCUUGAGAAGAAGGCCAUUGAAUGGGGCGAACCUAAAGUUCCAUCCGGAAAACAGGAGUAUGUUGAGAUGAUUUUCCAUUCCGCGUUGUAGAGUGUGCAUAGGAGAGGCUGAAAGAGCCUUCUACACCUUGUCUAAAUUUAGAAUAACAUAUAUGUAAGGGUUUAGAGGUAGGGUACUAGUUCUUGUCUGCAUUCAGUGUAAUGCGUAGUACGUAUGUUAAAUCGUUGAUUGACAUUGCUCUUAGCAGAGUACUGUGAAAUAAAUAUUUAUGUUUCAGUCUCAAAAUUGUUUAUGAUGCUGAACCUUCUCAGUUUA